AUGCAUGAUGACAGGCUCCACAGAGCUGCUAUUGAUUUCUGCAACAGUGUGCCCAGUCCCAAGAGAAACAGCGGAACUGAGAUGUAUGGAAACUACAUCACUGUGAUUGCUUCAUGUUCUUGGCUGAAAAGGUUGAAGUUUCGGAUGCAGUUUGCGUGUUUGCUGCUUUGCCUUGGCUUGGCAAAGGCUCUGCCUCUAAAACCCAAAGACCUGGUGGCCAAACAUGUCCUUUCUCAAAACCAGGUGGCCAAGCAUGUUCUUAAACUGUAUCGAACUAAUGGGGGCCUGCAGGGCCAAAGCUGGGUGGCCAACAACUGUAAACGCCUGGUUGGCCUCCUGCAUCAGAAGACCGUGGCGGUGAAAAAACUGUCUGCUGCAGGAAAAGUGGUUGCACAAGACCAGACUCUCUCAGAGGAUGAAAGGCACUUCAGAGUUCAUACAUUGGAAGUUUUCCAAAAGGAGCUCAAUGAAAGUGAACACUUUGUGUACCAGGCUGUGCACAGUCUGCAGAGGGCGCUGCAGGGCGACAUCAAAGAUGUGGUGAAUAUGAAGGAAAGCAGUAGACUGAGGCUGGAGGCACUCAGAGAGGCGGCUAUGAAGGAGGAGCAGGAGUAUGUGGAGCUUGUGGCUGCAGAGAAGCACCAGCAAGAAGCUAUGAAGAUUGCUUUGUCCCAAAACAAAACUUUGUCUAUUUUAGACGAAAUCCUCGAAGAUGUGAGAAAGGCUGCUGACAGACUUGAGGAAGAUAUUGAAGAACAUGCAUUUGAUAACAACAAACGGGUGGAAGGAGUCAACAUUGAGGCUGUGCUCAGAGUUGAAGAAGAUGAAGAGAAUGGUGGAAAGAGAAAAAACAAAUCCAAUAAAAAAGAUGUGGAGGACGAUCUGGGACUGAGCAUGCUCAUAGACUCUCAAAACAACCAGUAUGUCCUCACCAAACCACGAGAUUCCACCAUGCCCCGGGCCGAUCAUCACUUUAUUAGGGACCUUGUAUCUGUGGUGAUGUUGUCGUUGCCCUGUGGGUGGUUCUGCACUUGGAUCAGUCUCCCUUCAAUGUUUGGAUAUAUUAUAUGUGGAGUUUUGCUGGGUCCAUCAGGCCUCAACAGUAUCAAGUCCAUGGUCCAAGUGGAGACUUUGGGAGAACUUGGUGUAUUUUUCACUCUCUUUGUUGUGGGAUUAGAGUUCUCCCCUGAAAGACUUCGAAAGGUGUGGAAGACCUCAGUUCAGGGUUCUUGUUACUUGACUCUGCUGAUGGUAGGGUCAGGUUUGUUGUGGGGUCAAGUCCUAAAGAUUCGGACCACUCAGACGGUCUUCAUUUCAGCCUGUUUGUCGCUCUCCAGCACCCCGCUAGUGUCCCGCUUCUUAGGAGGGGCCAGAGGAGACAAAGAAGGUGACUUGGAUUACAGCAGUGUUCUUCUGGGCAUGUUGGUGAUGCAGGACGUUCAGCUCGGCCUCUUUAUUGCCGUCAUGCCCACCUUAAUCCAGGCCCAGAGUGGAGACAGUUUUCUCCUUGGUGGGCUGCAUGUGCUCUACCUCUUGGCUCAAGUCGUCUUGUCUCUGGCUGCGGUCUUACUGCUGUGUCUCCUUCUUAAAUCCUUCAUCAUCGGACCUUUUUACAAGAAACUGCAUCAUGAAGGAAAAGGCAACAAGGAGAUCCUGGUCCUGGGAGUGGCUGCUUUUGUAUUUUUUAUGCUCACGGUGACUGAGUUCCUGGGUGUUUCCAUGGAGCUGGGUUGUUUCCUGGCCGGAGCGCUGCUGUCCAGUCAGGGUCACAUGGCCACAGCGGAGGUCAUGGGCUGCAUCGAGCCAAUCAGGGACUUCCUCGCUAUCAUCUUCUUUGCAUCCAUUGGUCUCCAUGUAUUCCCAACGUUUGUGCUGUAUGAGCUGACGAUACUACUGGUGCUUACACUGUCCCUGGUGAUUAUGAAGUUUGUCAUGGCAGUGUUGGUUCUUUCGACCAUCCUGCCUCCUGGCUCCCGUCACAUCCGUUGGGUAGUUUCCGCCGGUUUGGCCCAAGUCAGCGAGUUCUCCUUUGUCCUGAGCAGCCGUGCCAGACGAACGGGCAUCAUCUCCAGAGAGAUUUACCUGCUUGUCCUGAGUGUGACUACUCUCAGCCAGCUGCUGGCCCCCGUCCUCUGGAGAGUCUCCAUGCAUCGCUGGGUCAUACAGGCUGAGCGCAGGAUGGUCACGUGA